AUGCUAGCGGGUAGAGACCUCAGUUUUGUCCUUCUGCUUCUACACGCAACAACGUCUGAGUUGAUUCAGAAAUUCUCAGUCAGAGAAAAUCAGCCUGCAAACAGUUUUGUGGGAAAAAUCCAGAAAGCUGAUCAUCAGGAUCGGGCAGUGGCCGCUGGUCGGCAGUACUUUUUUAUGUUUCCCGCGGAAGCAGAUGUGAAGACGUUCUUCACGGUGGACGAAACUAGCGGAGAAAUAUGGACAAAGACGGAGCUGGACCACGAAAUGACGUCCAAAUACGUCUUUUUGGCCAUUCCAGUAAGCGGGGGUGAAGGUAUACGGGUACAAAUCAAUGUCUUGGACGAAAAUGAUAAUGCUCCACUUUUUCCCACUCCUUCCGUCGAUGUAUCUCUUUCUGAGUACGCGAAGGUCGGCUCUGAGGUAGCUCUGCCAUCGGCGAUUGACAGGGACUCUUCUUCACUUGCCGUACAAAAGUAUGUCAUCGAAAGCGGCAACAACGGUAACGCCUUCCGGUUGUCUUAUCAACUGAACAAGGAAGUAACAUUUUUGGACCUGGUAGUCAACACUGAGUUGGAUCGAGAAAAGUGCGCCCAGUACGAGUUAACAAUUCACGCAUAUGACGGGGGAAGUCCCCCUUUAUGGGGAACUCUCCUUGUCAACGUUUCGAUCCUGGACGUGAACGACAACGCACCAGAAUUCGAACAACCUCGGUACCUCAUUGAACUGCCUUCCAAUUUAACCAAUGGCGACGUGGUGGCAACAGUGAAGGCGACAGAUCUCGAUGACGGAGAGAACGGCAGGGUAACGUAUUACUUAGGGCCUAGUCCUGGGAAAGCUGAAACCUUCUUUACCGUUGAGGAGCGAACAGGGGUUCUGCGUUGGGCUUCAGAAGAAAAGCCUCAGAAAGCUUACGAAAUUUUGAUCAAUGCUAAGGACAAUGGAGAACAGCCGCUGGUGACAUCGGCAUUCAUACUAGCGACUCUCGUUAAGGAAGUUCAGGAAACGGUCAUAAAGAUAACGUAUCUUACAGACGAUGCAACACCGUUGAUUCGGGAAGACAUGAUUAAUGGCAGUCUAGUGGCUCGAAUUUUGGUCUUUGGCGAAGGAGACCCUUCAAGACCCAACUGCGACGAUUACAUGGGCAUUGUGAUGACCCGAAACUUAUCCAUCAAUCUACUCGAUGUCAACGACAAUGCACCACAGUUUGUUAAGUCCGUCUAUGAGGCGGAAGUCAAGGAGACAGCGCCUCCCGGAACCUCUGUGGUUCAAGUAGAAGCGAUGGACCGCGACGAAUGCUCCAAGGGCAUGAUACGCUAUUCGUUGCUAAACGUGAAUUCGAGUCGGCAUUCGAACUGGUUCAAAGUCGAUCCUCACAGUGGUCUCAUCACUACCUCAGAGGUUAUAGAGUGUAGCAUCAAUCCAACAACGAAUUUGACCGUUAUGGCGGACGACGGAGGAGGUGAACCUGGCCUGUCCGGCGUCACCACCGUCAUAAUCCGUGUCACGGGAGUCAACGAAAAUCCGCCGUUGUUCAAGCAGCAGUUCUACAGGGCAUCGUUGCCGGAAGAUGCGGAAGCUGGAUUUUGCUUUCUUCAGGUAUGA